CGUGUCACCUUUAUUUUAUAAACCUUUAUCAUAAUCACGUCAGAUUUUCUUUUGUGAAUGAAAUAAAAUGCUUUCAACCAGUUUUUAAUAGCUAAAAAUAAUUUUGGCUGGUACAUUUAAACAAGGCUUAGAUCAACUCCCCAGAUAUUCAGUGUCCAGGAGUUCAGUGCCUGGCUCCCACAAACUCAUAACAUUUCACUUCCUUGCAACCUUAGGAAAGCUGUUUGUUUCUUGAUGGAAGACACUGGGCAGAAAUGGAAAGAAACAGGGGGAUGAGGAGGUCUAAGGGUGAAGUCCUGCUCAUGUCCAUCAUAAUACUGGACAGAUUACUACAGGGUGUUGAGAGGGGUUAUUUUUAACUAUUAAGUGAGAAACAGCAGCCAUAGUCAAGGCCAGAAGUGUUUUCCCUUGGUGACCCUGCCAUGUUGAAAAGUGUGUGUGUUUGUGUGGUAUUUCCUGUCCUGUCCAGAAAUGCAUCGUGCUGGAUGAAGACAGCUCUAGAUCUUUUCUAAAUAAAUUGAAUAAAACCACUUAACCCACUGAAAGAUACAUUUGAAAAAAUAAUAUUAAGAGGAGUGAUGCCCAUUGUUAAGCAAGGUAGCUAAAGUGAUGAUGUCAUGUCCUCCAUUGUGACACGUCCCCCUGCUGAGUGACUUGGCUGAGAACUUUGGGCAGAGCAACUAUUUGAAUUUAAUCAGUGAAUUUGGUGAGAGUGUAUUUGUUUGUGGACAUCAUGAAAGUUUCAUCAAAUCGUCUGUAAGUAGGAUCUCUUAUUCUUUCCACAGUCUGUUUCUUUUGCUGUCCCGUAAGGUUUAGACACAUAGGGAACCAGGUCAUGGUUAGAUUAAUUUUUAAAGAUUGUCCUCAGGGCCCCUUAGAUGCUUUGAGGGAAAUAGCUUGCAGUGCAGGGAUAGAGAGUAGCGAGGAAAUAAUCCAUUUCGUGACCUUCUUCCUUUUCUUCCCUAGAUGUUCCGGUCUGCGAAGGUUGAGAGAGCUGCUGGCCUCCUGUUGCCGCUCGAUAAAAAUCCAUCCCCUGGACGAAGACACCAUGGAGAUUAAUGGAAAGAAGAUCAGAGUUCAUACGAUUUAUGUGAGGCCGAAGGACCAGGGGAUGGAUGCCACCAGUGAUUCCACUAGUGGUGAGUGUUGAUCUUUGUUCACGAAGAACAGGGAGGCCAGAGAGAAUCUGGCUGGCUGGGGGGAGGGGGGAGGCAGCUCCCUGAUUUAAGAAGAGUUUAGGGAUUGGAUGAGGAAGGGAGAAUAAUGUGGGCCACUUGGAGAUCCUUGCAGUAAUAAUCAAUGGAAAUAUUAAGAAUCUUUUCUGUUCUUUUCUCUUCCAGGCAGCGGCAACAGUGAGGCCAGCAGCUCUCUCAACCAAGGACCAGUUUCCCCCUUCCCCAAUUAAUUUUUUUAUUCUAAUAAAGAUUUGUAUUGCAAAUAUGCUAGUCUUUGGUCAUUUUUUUAUCCCUGGCGGUUCUUUCCCCCAACCGUAUGGGUGCAUCUACAGCGACAAGAAUAUUACUUGCCCAAAAAUGGAAAGAAGAAGAAGUCCCAGCGAAAGAAGAAUGGAUACAAAAACUUAUGGAAUAUGCAGAAAUGGCAAAUCUUACCGGAAACAUAAGAAAUCAAGAUAACAAGAUAGCUCCC